CUGAUUUCAGAAUGGCGACUGUCUUUAGUUAGGAGAGUACUUAUUCUUGCUAGUUGGAAUUCGUGUGAUCAAAGCGUAUAUACAAGGCUGUUUAUGUGCUCUCAACGCGGAAUUUGUUAAAGAUGAUAAUCGACAAUCCGGAUCAAUUUAAGGCGUGGUUGACCGCUGUCUUGGAACCGCUAUGUGACGCGGAUCCUGCUGCUUUGGCUAAAUAUGUCUAUGCAUUAGCUAAGAAGGAUAAGACUUUGGAAGAAUUACGUGGUGACAUGCUUGAGCAAUUGGAUGUUUUUCUACAACAAGAAACCAAGAACUUCGUUGAAUUACUUUUUAAAACGUUGGAAACUCAAGAAUACAUACUUCCACUCCCUAAGAAUGAACCUGAUGGUGGUGGAACGACACCGCCUGGCACAAAUCCACCAGCACCAGUUUUGCCAACGGAAAAAAUGAUUGAUACGACAAUUCAACUAGUACCUAUGAUCACGAAUCCUCCUGCUCCGCUUCAAAUUAAUGGAUCUGCACCUGCUGUAGUUAAUAAGCGUGAAGCUAGAAAAUCUGAUUCGGAUAAGGCUGAGAAAGAAAAGGAAAAACGUUCUCGAAGCAGAAGUGGCAGAAUGAGAUCAAGGACACGAUCACGAUCACGAUCUUGGGAAAGGGAUAGACGUAGAUCCAGAAGUAGAGAACACAUUCGACGCGACAGAGAAAGAGAUAGAAGUCGACCAUGGAGAAACGAAUCUCCACCAAUUAGUACCAGACGACAUGAUCGCAGACGCACCAGAAGUCGCAGUUCAUCGCCUAUACGACCUAGAAUACGAGAUGGUCCAGAUAAUCGCGACCAUCGGGCAAGGUUCAGGAAUAGGUCUCCGACUCCAUUACGAUCGCGGUCACGUUCAAGAUCAAUAGAGCGGAAAAAAAUAAUGGACCGUUUUGAGAAAAUGGAAAUCGAUAGAACGGAUCGAAUCGAAGGAAGUCCUGGUGGUGGUACUCCAACCCAAGAUAGUAAUCACGGGGAUGUAGAUAUGAGGCUAUCUACAACUAGUCAAUCAAUACAAAGUGUUGUUGCUAUUGCGAGUAAUAUUUCCAAUAACCAAACAGGAUCUUUUCAAACAAAGAGACGUUGCAGAGAUUUUGAUGAAAAGGGCUAUUGUAUGAGGGGAGAUCUUUGUCCUUAUGAUCAUGGUACCGAUCCAGUUGUAUUGGAAGAUGUGGCGCUAAGUCGGGUUUUAACUUUUGGCCCACACAAUGCCCAAGCCCCAGGAACAGUUCCGGUGACCACGGUACCAGAACCGUCACAGGGUCCAAAUGGUAAUGCGCCACCGCCGCAUCUUCCUCUUAGCAAUUUACCACCGCCUCAUUUGAGAAAUCAUCAUUCUAAUAUGGAUGCCUUUGCAGAAUAUAAUCCAGAUGCGCCUAGCAUGGAGCCACGUAUACAAUGGGGUAGACAUCCACAGCCUGGACCUGGGAUUUACGGCAGAGGACAAAGGGAAUUGAUCAGUGUGCCGGUUAUUCCGCAUACAAAUUCAUCGGAAAUCACUCAUACCCAAAACAAUCCUCUAAAACGCAAGCAAGCGUUUGAUUUUAAUCGCCUGGGGCCGAAACAGAGAGUAGUACAUAACCCAGCCAAUUGUUCUCUCGAAUUGAAGAAGGUUCCACGGAGCUUAAACAAUAUAACUCAAUUGAACAAUCAUUUUUCCAAAUUUGGUAAAAUUGUAAAUAUCCAAGUUAAUUUUGGCGGCGAUCCUGAAGCGGCAUUGGUCACUUUCCAACUACCAACAGAAGCAAAAGCUGCUUACAGAAGUACAGAGGCUGUGUUGAAUAAUAGAUUCAUUAAAGUAUUUUGGCAUAACAAUGUCAAUAAUAAUGCGGCUAGUGGAGCUAUCGAAAAUGUACCACCAGGAUGCCGUCCUUCUGUGAAAGAAAGGCUAGGCGCCGCUGUGACACUACCGGCAAAAGCUGAAGACAAUGAAUACGUUCCCACGCGCCGUUCUAGCGAGGAACAGAUCACGCAAACUUUAAUUCCAACUUCACCUAAAACCAUCGUUGUUGCCACUAGAGAUGACAAGGUUCUUGCAAUAAAGAAGACACAAGAGAUAUUAGCAGCUAAAGAGACUUUAAAGAAGAAGCAGGAGGAGAAACGUAAGGAAGCGUUAAAACUGACUGCUGAUUUACGCAAGAGGAAGCAAGAAUUGUUAGACAAACAUCUAAUCGAGUUACGUGCCUUGAUCGAAAAGGCCGAGAAGAAUCCAGAGCAGAAAGAUUCUAUCAUGCCCACGAUAAAGGCUAUGCAGCAGUCUGUCGAUAAUUUGCGCAAAGAUCUAGCUGCGAACGGCCAAAUCAGCAACAGCAAGUCUCAGGUGAAGUCCAGAGAGCAGACUCAGAAAGAAAUUUUGGACGCUGAAUUAGAUUUAAUGACUGCGCAACAAGAAGGUCAGGAUGCCGGGGAAUUACAGAGGAGAUUGAACGAAUUGCGAGCCCAAGCGGCCGUAUUAGGUUUGAAUACAAAUCCUGGCGUUAACAGAGGCACGAGAACCAGUAGAGUUACACGUGGUGCGCAUUUGCUGUACAGAGGCCGCGGUAGAGGAAGCUUCACUCAUGUAUCAGUUGAUCAUCGACCAACGAGUCUCUUAGUCUCUGGUUACGAAACCGAGGAAAAGGUAGAAGUCCUAGCGCAUUUUCAACAAUUUGGUGAAAUACUAAAUCAAAUAGUGGAUGACGCAACUCCUUCGAUUGUGAUCAAUUUUAAGUCAAGGAAAGAAGCCGAGGUUGCUCUAGUAAAAGGACGUACAUUUCAAGAUAGAUUAUUGUCAAUAACUUGGGUGUCUGGUCAUCAUUUACAUCGCGGAGGAGCUGGUAGUAAUUCAAAUGCACCUGUACAACUUUCAUCGCAUUCUGAUCAAGCUGCACCUACGACAGACGACGAUAUCGAUUUGGAAGGUACGGCGGAAGCGCUACUUCUCGAGGAAAACGAGGAGGAAGAGGACGAAGAUGGAGAGUCACGUAGCUGGCGACGAUAGCAGCGUCAGCAGCAGCGUCAGCGCCAUUCGUGACAGGGAUUUAGGGGGUACAAAAGUAACGACUGCGUGAUCACCCGGGCCGAUCGUACUUUGUCCGGCAUUUACGCCUACAUCGCUGCACCGCAGUUUGAUACAUCUAAUACCGUGAUUUUCACGAAGAAGUCAGAUUAUGUGCUCAUCAGCAUUAUCUUGAGUGUUACACUAUUUGUUAAUAUUAUCAAAUAUACAUAUACAUACAUACAUACAUACCGGCACACACACACAUACACACGUACGUGUAUACAUGUGCGCGCGUGCGUGCAUGCGUGUCACGUUUGUGUGUACGUGUGUGCGCGCACGUGUACGCACCGUGUAUGGUACGAACUUGGUGUAUCGUAUUGACGAAAAAAAUGCAGUAACGAAUAGAAAGAAAAUAACCGACGAUAAGCAAGAUUCCAAGAAAUAAUUAACCAGAAUAUAUCCCAUUAUUUGUAGAAUAAAAUCGCUAUGUUUUGUAUGGGAAAAAGUGAAAACACCUUAUUCUGAUUUUCAAGUCCUCUUCUUUCGCACACACAGUUCA